GCCGUUCGCCUUCUCCCCUAUUCACUCUCCGAAAAGGAAAAGCCUUUAUGCUCCCUCGCCUCUCUCCUCUCCUCCGCACUCUCUAUUCUCCCUUCCCUUCUCCAGUUCAAAUGGCGCGCUUUUUCUCACGCGCCACCUCUCUCCCUCGCUUCAAUCCUUCCCCAACCGCUGUAAUCUCCUCCAUUCACUCUUCUUCAAGCCUAUUCUUCACUUCCAAAUCGAACCGCUUCCUUGUCCCUUGGUUAUCGAAACGUUCCACUUUUGGUAAAAAGUUUCACGCUUUGUGCGGAGAAGGCGAUGGGAGGAGGAUUCUGCGACAAAUAGGAGGGAGGGUUUGGGCGGCGCAGAGAGGAUACCGGAAAGUGAGGAGGAGGCCGUUGCCGAGGAUUAAAGAUAAGGAGUUGGAGCUUAAUGUCAGCAUUUGCAUUGAAGAAGAGCUGCCCGAUGAUCCUGAAAUCUUGAGUAUAGCAGAAUUGCUUCGUCUUAACGUGCCAAUGGCAAUGAAGUUAGCAUUCGAUGGCUUAAAAGAUUCAGCUUAUAAAACGAGAGAUAAGGCUAUAAGUGAUGUUGGGGGAUUUAAAAGUGUUGAAUUAUCUGUCCUCCUUUGCAAUGAUGAGUUCAUUCGCAAACUUAAUAAGGAAUGGAGGGAUGAGGACCAUGCUACUGAUGUUCUUUCCAUGUCACAACAUGUUCCUGAACUCAAGCUUCCAGUUCUUAUGUUGGGGGACAUUGUCAUCUCUGUUGAGACAGCUGCACGACAAGCAGAGGAAAGGGGGCAUGCUCUUAUUGAUGAAAUUCGCAUCCUCCUGGUUCAUGGUUUGCUGCAUCUUUUAGGAUUUGAUCAUGAGAUUAGUGAAGAGGCCGAAGCUGAAAUGGAGAAGGAGGAGGAACUUCUUUUAAAGAGCCUUGGGUGGAAGGGAAAAGGACUAAUUCAGAGUGCAUAUGAUGCUGAGACCAAUAUGAAUCUUCAAACAGAAAAUUUAGAUGACAGGAAGAAAGAAGGCAGUCUUCGAUUCUAUAAACCAAAAUUCAGCUAUAUCUUUUGCGACAUGGAUGGAACAUUGCUGAACAGCAAAAGUCAAAUUUCCUUGACAAAUGCAAAGGCUUUGAAAGAAGCAGUGUCAAGGGGAAUGAAGGUGGUGAUAGCAACUGGAAAAGCUCGACCUGCUGUGAUAAGUAUUUUGGAGAUGGUGGAUUUAGCUGGUAAAGAUGGCAUUAUCUCAGAGUUCUCUCCUGGAGUUUUUUUACAGGGGUUGCUUGUUUAUGGUAGACAGGGUCGGGAAAUUUUUAGAAGCAAUUUAGAUCCAAGUGUUUGCAGAGAGGCAUGCCUGUACUCUUGGGAGCAUAAGGUUCCUCUUAUUGCAUUCAGCAAUGACCGUUGCUUAACACUAUUUGAUCACCCCCUUGUUGAUUCAUUGCAUACCAUAUAUCGUGAGCCAAAGGCAGAGAUCAUGCCUUCAGUUGAGCAUCUCCUGUCUGCUGCUGACAUACAGAAGAUGAUCUUUUUAGGCACUGCUGAGGGUGUGGCUACUUCAUUGCGGCCAUACUGGUCAGAAGCAACAGGGGAUCGUGCCAAUGUUGUCCAAGCUGUUCCAGACAUGCUUGAAAUUGUUCCACGUGGAACCUCAAAGGGCAGUGGAGUAGAACUGCUGCUUGAUCAUUUGGGUGUCACUGCAAAGGAGAUAAUGGCUAUUGGUGAUGGGGAAAAUGACAUUGAGAUGCUUGAGUUGGCCUCUUUAGGCAUUGCUCUUAGCAAUGGAUCCGAGAAGACAAAAGCUGUGGCGGAUAUAAUUGGUGGUAGCAAUGAUGAAGAUGGUGUAGCAGAUGCCAUCUAUCGGUAUGCAUUCUGAGCUUUUACGUUCAAGUGUGAAAUUUUGGGCAAAAACCACAUUACAUGAUAUCUAUGAUUUGGGAUGUAACAUUCCAAUUUUUAUAGUUGUUUAUUGUUCUUUCUGAAGAAUGAUUAGGUGAUCCUACCAAAAUAGGGUAGAAAUUCUUCUCUUCUUUCUUUAUUGAUUGAAUGAAUAAGUAGGGCAUUACCCAGGGUUGAUCCUGUUGAAGAGGGUUCCCCGAUUGGGUCAUCUGAACUGGAAUUCAGAUUCUGAACACAAUUUAUCUCAUUUCAUUGAAUGUACUAUUUCAACUGGAUAGAGUCUCUUACGAGGCCUUCUGUACACAAAACUGAUGCCAUUGUUAAUUUAUAUAUGAGAUUUUGAUAUA